AUGGCUUCGUCUACUCGAAUCUUUUCUUUUGGUUUGGGAAAAUCACCUAGUCGAUCUUUAGUUAAAGGUCUUGCUCGAUCAACCAAUGGCCGAUUUGUUUUCGUUCCACCAAAUUCAAGUGUCGAUAUAUAUGUAGGAGAACAAUUACAGAGAGCUCUUCAACCAUGCAUUACUAAUAUUAAUGUCAGUUGGAACCUUGGCGUUAAUGUUCAAAUUCAAACUGCUCCAAAAAAAUUACCUCCUGUUUACCUUAAUGAUCGUCUUAUUGUUUAUGCUCUUACUAAUGAUACAACAAUCCCAUUUGAUCAUGAUUCUUCUGUAGAACUUCAAAUUGAACCUAAUCAUCGUUCAAUAGGUGUAGCAAAAGUUAAUCAAAUACCGAGUGUCAUUGAUAAUGGAACAAUUGCACGUUUAGCGGCUAAAGCGCUUAUUCUGGAAUUACAACAUACUAAACUUCCGCUAUCAACUAUCAAAAAAGUGAAAGCAGGUUCGGCACAAGCACGGUUUCAAAAUGUGGUAGCAUCAGACGCAGAAAAAAUGGAAGUGAGUUCCGAUGAACAGACAACCAAGCAACGUAUUAUUGAAUUAUCAUUGAAAUACAAUAUCUUAAGUCCACAUACAGCAUUUAUCGGUAUAGAGAAGCGGACAAAUGCCAACAAUGCUGACAUGAUGCUACGGGAAGUACCAAUUGAAAUUUCUGCUGAUGAUCAGCAUUUAUUUACGCCAUCAAGAUUCCCUUGCUUGGGUGGUGCAAUUCGUCAUAGUGCAGGUUAUGGACUUGGUGCUGGUGGUGGUUUUCGAGGCAGAGGAGCUACAGCAACUGUACAAAGACGUCAGAAAGAGUCGAAUAUGAUGAUGUCAUCUGCGGCCACUUCUAGUUGUUCUGCACCGAUGGAUUUGUCUCGUCGUCCAUCGUUAAAAAAGCGAGCUGUCCAAAUAGAUGCUGAGGAUUUGGUACGCGAGUCUGGAAUCAUCCAUCAAAGCAAUGAAGUAUGGCCCUCCACUGAUCAAGACAUUGUUCGUUAUUUGAUCAACAAACAAAAGUUUAAUGGUCUAUGGAAUUUAGACGAUGAUACCAUCAAGAACUUAACAGGAAAGUCUCUUUCAGUUUUUCAAUCAACAAAUCCAAACAUCGACAAUCAAAUAUUAAUUUCAAUCAUUAUUAUCAGUAUACUUGAGACACGAUUUGCUGCUUUUUCGUCAUUAUGGCAUGGUGUAGUGCAAAAGGCCCGUAAACAACUCAGUGAUUUGAUUGGAAAAGAUUCAAAACAUUUUAAUACAUUAUUUGAUGAUAUUCGUAAACAACUUUGA